AUGGGGGCAGCCGAAGCAGCAGCUCUUUAAAAGUUGCUCAACAGCUGCUAAACCCCCCUCCUUCCCCCGGGGCCCUCAUUCGAUCGCUUCCUCGAGAGGUCGAGCGCCUCCUGCAACCGCAGUUUUAUGGCGCUUGGAGUGGCAGCAGCAGCAGGAGGAGGAGGGCCAGAUCUCUGCGCAUGAUCGGUUGCGUGGUGUGCGGAAUCUGUCGAGGGAAUUCUUGCAGACAGAAUCGCUUCGAUCCAAUAAUCGGCCGCGCGUGACUUCAGCUCGACGAAAGGUAAGAGGAGAGAGAUCGAGAUCGACCGGUUUUGGAACCACCUCCUCCCUCCUCUUCGAUUUACGAGUAUUUUAAUAAUCUCGAAGGCUCGAGUUCGUGAAGUUACAGAAUUCUCGUGCUGUGACCGGCUCACCGACAAUUGUCUCGGUCGCUCAGAGAGGGGCGGAGGUCCCUUGAGCGCAUGGACGCUGGAAGGGGCUUCGUCUGCUGGAGCCCGGAGGAGUUUCGGAGUCCGAGACUGCGCACGUCGCUCGGCUGAUUCGCCGAUCGACCGGUUAGCUGGAGCCAUCGCGGAAAUUCUGGGUGUUAGUGACAGUGAUCAUCCUGCGGUCACGUGAGAUUCGUGAGGCGAUUGGUGCUCAGCAGAGUGAUAUAUGUGCCCAGUACUCGGAGGACUUGUCACAGAUGAGUAAGUUCUUCCAUUCACUAGGUCGCAAAGGAAAGGAUUUGGUAAAGAAGAAAUUGGGUUCCAACGAGAAUCGAGACUCUGCUGCUGCUGCUGCUGCUCCGUCCAGCGCAACGAGGAUGGGGGACAGUGGUGCAGCAAUGUACAAUAUAAUGAUGAACCCGACUUUCGAUCAGGGCACGCAAUGGUGGUUCGGAAUGGGCUGCUCUUUGUCUGUGAAUCACGAGAAUGGAUCCAGCUACGGCGUUGGCCACGGCCGAACAGAGACGUGGCAGGGGAUCGCCCAGGAAAUUGGCGAGAGGCUGGUGCUGGAUGAGGAGUACCGCUUUGAAGCUUGGGUCGGCAUCGGUGCUUACGGUCCUGAAGAACAGGCACCUGUGACGGCCACCGUCAAAGUGGAGACCGAGUCUGAUGGCACCAAGUACAACUGGAUUGGAAGUGUGACAGCUACGAAAGGACAGUGGGUUCUCCUUUCAGGAAAAUUCAAAAUUGACAACCUGGGGAAAAGCUCAGUGCUGUACAUUGAAGGUCCCCCGAGUGGAGUCGACGUUCUUGUCAGUAGUGUUGCUGUCAUACCGACGACUCCUGGAGCUUCCGAACUAGCCAGUCAAAUGGGAAAUCUCAUGGGCCAUCCGGCGGGCACACCAGCAAGCAGUAUGCAGCCAGCUGCCAUCCAGCCGUCAAUCGGUCUGCUGCACAACCCAACAUUCGAUGAUGGCUUGAAAAGUUGGACACAGAAGGGUUGUAAAGCAUAUGUCACCGAAAGUUUGGGUGCCAUUGGUCCCGAAACUGGCAAGUACUUUGCAGUCGCUUCACAGCGAACGGAAACAUGGCAGGGAAUUGAGCAAGAUAUAACGGGACGCAUAGAAGAAAGUACCCUUUACCAUGUCUCUGCCAAGGUUCGAGUGAACGGUGGUGGUGUAAAGGAAGCAAUGGUGAUGGCAACGCUCUACAUGAAAGGAUACGAUGGGAAGGAGCAGUACAUGACCCUUGGAAGAGUCAAUGCAUCAAGUGCGCAGUGGUCGGAACUCAAAGGAGAGUUCCUUGUGAAUAAGCUACCUGCGCGAGCUUCAAUUUAUAUGGAAGGUCCUCCCGGAGGCGUUGACGUGCUUUACAACAGCAUCUUCUGCUUCAAACCGGAGAGGCCGAAGGUCGAGGGGCCUAUACUGUUCCAGAAUCCAAGAUUUGGCACGAACAUCGUGCACAACACCAACUUUGACAGUGGACUGAAACACUGGUAUCCUCAGGGUAAUUGUCGAUUGAGUAUUGCCCAUGGGUGCCCAACGCUGUUAGGCCCCGCUGCACAGAAGUCUUUCAUGGACUCACCACCACCCGGACUCAGGGGAUCUUAUCUGCUGAUCACGAAUCGUUCAUAUGACUGGGAAGGUCCUGCACAGACGAUAACUGAAAGACUUCAGACUAACAUGUCGUACCAAGUCAGUGCAUGGGUGGCUACUCGGAGUCCUGAUCAGCCCGGAAUGAAGCACAAAGUGGAUGUGUGUCUGAGUGUGGAUGGCAAGUGGGUUCAAGGUGGUGAAGUGCUCGCAGGUGACGUAUGGGAGGAGGUAGUGGGAUCUUUUCGGCUAGAGAAGCAGCCUGAAAAUGUGCACGUCUAUCUCCAGGGCCCUGGUGCUGGUGUGGACGUGAUGCUGGCCGGACUGCACAUAUUUGCUGUCGAUCGCUCUGCACGAUUUCCAAUGCUCCGGGAACGAACGGAUCAGAUUCGCAAGCGGGAUGUGGUUGUAAAGCUCCAAAGCUCAAACGGUGAACCUCUUGCUCCAGGCACAAGAGUAACUGUAAGACAAAAUCGCUCUAGCUUUCCCCUCGGCUCAGCCAUCAACCAUUAUAGCUUGGAGAACUCAGCAUACACAAAGUUCUUUUUGGACACCUUCAACUGGGCCGUCUUCGAGAAUGAGCUGAAAUGGGGAUGGAUCGAAAAGCUUCAGGGGGAACUCCAUUACGAAAACGCAGAUGAUCUGCUGCAGUUCUGUGAAAGAAACGGUAUUCCUUGCAGAGGGCACUGCAUCCUCUGGGAGACGGAGGAUACCAUCCAGGACUGGCUGAAACCCCUCGCGCCCCCAGAAUUGGAAGAAGCAGUCCAUUCCAGAAUUGCUGGACUCCUGUCACGCUACAAGGGAAGAUUCAGGCACUACGACGUAAACAACGAGAUGCUUCACGGGUCUUACUACAAGGACAGACUGGGCCCCCAGUUCCUGCCCUACCUCUUCCAACUCGCCCAUCAAGUUGACCCCGAGGCUGUCCUCUUUGUCAACGACUAUCAUAUCGAGGAUGGCUGUGACUGCAAGUCCUCACCCACAGCUUACGUCGAGCACAUCGUGGAUCUGAUCCACAACGGCGCCCCAAUCGGAGGCAUAGGCUUGCAAGGUCACAUAGAUGUUCCGGUUGGACCUGUAAUUCAGCAUGCUCUCGACCAUUUGGCCACUUUAGGACUUCCCAUCUGGUUCACAGAGAUUGACGUGGAGUCGGUGAAUGAGUUCACGCGUGCAGACGACUUGGAAGUGCUUUUGAGAGAGGCUUUCGCUCACCCUGCUAUAGAAGGACUCAUGUUCUGGGGUUUCUGGGAAGGAACAAUGUGCAGGAAGAACGCUCAUCUCGUUGACUCUGAUAAGAGAGUGAACGAAGCAGGCCUCCGACUCCUUGCCCUCAAGGAGGAGUGGCAAACCAGCUUCGAGAGUGUUGUGAAUGAGCAAGGUGAGGUACCCUUCCGAGGCUUCCUUGGCGACUACACCAUUUCGGUCGAUGACUUUGGAUUAACCCAGACUUUUGAGCUGGUGAAAGGUGACGAACCCGCCUACGUAGAAUUGAGUUUCUGAUCCUGGCCUUCAGCUCAUCUUCUGACACGAGCAACUACCAACGCUGCAAUUACACUAGAAUCCGUUCUGAUCUAUAACCAGAGGGCAUGUUCUGCGACCAGACAUCGAAGAGAGCAGACCAAACGGGCCCCUCUGCAACCUGAUGCUUGAUCGAUCCGAGCAGCAAAUGCGCCAACAGAACUGUCACAUUGAAAAUUUUGACCUACCUCUCUGUGGAGGUGAUUACUGAGCUUGCCUGUUGCGACCGAUAUCAUACUGACUGCAAAGGCCUAUACGCUCUGUUGGGUUGGAGGCUGUGCUGCCCGUUUGAAUGCUGAUCUGACACAUCAAGCCAUCAGGACUCGCUGAUCUUAGAAAACAUAUUUCUGUUACUGGAGUGAAUAGAGUUGUGCUAGUACAGUUGCAGAGGCUUUGAAGAGACGUGCGGUUAAUGCCAACGAGGGAGUGAAGAAGUCUCUUGUAUUCUUAGCUCGUUUGGUGCAAGAAACAGUAUCUGGUCGAGGAGCAUUAUUUUGGUUACUGAGUAGCUACUGCUGCUGCUGCUGCUGGCUAGUUGGCAGGGAGAUACGUCUGCAGGAGGUCCUCUGCUCCGCUCUUGUAUUGUCUGUCCAUACUGUGUAAGAUAUGUAUACACUCAAUUUUCGAAUAUUCGUAUCAUAGUAGCUGAUGGAUGAUCUGGAACUGCAAGGUUCGAGUGUUCGUGCAUUGAAUCGCACCUGUGGAUGAUGGUUUCAGUUUCAACCGUAUCGUACCUUAUAAUACCCA